AUGGAUCUCGUCAACCACCUCAAUGACCGCCUUCUUUUCGCCGUGCCCAAGAAGGGCCGACUCCACCAAGCCUGUCUAGACCUGCUGAAGGGCUCCGACAUCCAGUUCCACCGCCACUCGAGGCUAGACAUUGCGCUGGUCAAGAACCUGCCCAUUGCGCUCGUUUUCCUGCCAGCGGCCGACAUCCCUACCUUCGUCGGCGAGGGCCGCGUUGACCUGGGCAUCACCGGCCGCGACCAGGUCGCCGAGCACGAAGCCAUCGCCCCGCCCACCGACACCACCGGCGUCGAGCAGGUGCUCGACCUCGACUUUGGCGGCUGCAAGCUGCAGGUCCAGGUGCCCGAGAAGGGCGACAUUUCCGACCCGAAGCAGCUGAUUGGCCGCAACGUUGUCACCAGCUUCACCAACCUCACCGAGCAAUACUUCAGGAAUCUGGAGGCAGAGCAGGAGGGCAAGGAAUUGAACGCAGGAGAGAAGCUCAAGACCAACAUCAAAUACGUCGGUGGUAGUGUGGAGGCAGCAUGCGCUCUAGGCGUUGCGGACGGCAUUGUUGAUCUCGUUGAGUCUGGCGAGACUAUGCGCGCUGCUGGUCUUAAGGCCAUCUCUACCGUCGUUGAGACCACCGCCAUUCUCGUCAAGUCCAAGAAGCCCUCCAACCCGAAACUUGUCGACUUAAUAGCUGCGCGUAUCCAGGGUGUCAUCACCGCUCAAAAAUACGUUCUCUGCACCUACAACAUCGAGCGCGGCCAACUUGUCGCUGCUCGCUCGGUCACUCCUGGCAAGCGCGCCCCCACCAUUACCUCGCUCGAAGACGACGGAUGGGUUGCCGUCCAGGCCAUGGUCGAACGCAAGAAGAUCGCGACCGUCAUGGACGAACUCACCAGCAUCGGCGCUUCCGAUAUCCUCGUUACCAAGAUUGAGAACUCGAGAACGUACUAA